AUGCCCAUUGCAGAGAAAACCAUCCGGAGCCUCAAGUUGGUGAACAAAAACUUGGAGGAGGUCGACCUCUUGCUUCUUCGCUGGCCUGCGGAGGGGGAUGUUUGGAUGCUAGCUUUGCCUUGUCGGGUCAGUCGGGGUGGCUUGAUUCUAGCAGUACCGGGGAACGGAAUUCCCGACGAGGAUUUGAGCCAAGGCCAAGAGGCUUCUCCCGAAGACAUUUUGGGACCCAGCCUUCAUGUCACCAUUUCUCUCCAAGCAGAAGAGAGCCUAGGGGAUGCAGUGGAGGUGCUGUUGUUGGAGUUCACAAUGGGCAUCCGACAACAGCUGGAAAGGAAAGCUCCUCGGACUCGAAGGCCGUACCUGCGUUUUGCAGAGGCCCAGCAGCUCCCGGACAUGGCGGAGUUGGACGAUGCAGUAGACGAAUGGGUCACAAGUGGAUCCCUCCGAGAUGCGGACUGGCAAACAGCUUUGGAAGAGGAGGAGAAUCCGGCACCCCAAGCCGACCUGAAGGCUGUGGUGGCUGUCCUAGCAAAGCUGGAGAAGCGCGUGGAGGAGCUUCAAAAGCACCCAAAUCUGCAGACUGUGAAGACACCAGCUCCUCAAAGGAAAGCGACCGCCAAGACACAAGCCGCGCCUCCGCAAAUCGACGGUCCCAACGACAAGGACAUGGCCGAAAUUCUGCGAGCCAUGCGAGAAGAGGUGGGCUCUCGGCCAGAGAGAAUUGCAGACGAGCCAGCCUCUCGGAUUACGGCUCAAGAUUGCAUCAACCUGGUCGUUCCAGACAUGGCCCAGUCUUCUUCGGGCCCGUCAGUCGACGACAUGAUGAAAAUCAGCAUGCUGAAGCUCAUGAAGGAAAUGCAAGCAAAAGGCAGCAGGAAGAACAAGAAACUUCCGGGCCUGGUGGGCACGAACGGCAGCUCUUCCGAGGAGGAGGGAGAAACCUGGUCUUCUACCAGUCGCGGAGGAAAAGCCAUCGAGGCAGUGGAAAAGCUCCGGUAUGCCAUGAAGCAAAACCCGGGCGCCUACUUGGAAAGGAUGGAAGCUCGCAUGCAGCGGGCGGUGGGGGCCGAAGAAAUGGGCCCGUUGAUCCCCGAGAAGUUCAUUCGUUCAGUGCCUGUAGGCCGCUCGCGGACAGCAGGGUAUGCACUGAGCGGCUUUGCUACCAUUCACAAAUUGAUGCUGGAAGGGAAGCAGAGACAUGCCCGUCUUCACUGUGUCAGAAUGAUAUCUGCAAUGGAACAAUUCCUGCUGGACGAGUCUUGGGGGGUGGCAAGUCGCCUGACAGGCGUAGAGGAGCCUCCAUGGUCCCAUUGGGCCAGUCAGGACCUCGCUUCCAUCCGAAAACAAUACAUCUACACGCGGUUGAUGGACGCGACAUGGAUUGGAGCCAUCAUCAACGAGCUGAAGGAGGAAGAGUGGAGCUCUUUCCGUGCCCGCCUCCUUUCCCUUGGAGUUGUGAUAAAGGUCCUCUUCAAGGACGUUCUCGCCGAAGAGCUGCUAGGUCGAUGGUCCGCCUGGGCACUUCUGAGUCUGGAUGCGGCCUCCGGCUACCAGCAGUUGGAACUCAUUUGUCGUGAUUUGGUGUGUGCUUGUUCUGUUGAUGAUAUCCGAGAUUUUUAUCAUGCUUAUGUGGCAACUGAGAAAAGAGCCCGGAGUAGUCCUGUAGGGCCUAGUUUUCGGUGGGGUGAGGUGGCACAUUUGAAAGCUGCGCAAGCAGCACUGGCAGCGAACCGGAUCACAACUGGUGACAGAUUGGUGUGUUGUUUCAAGGGUUUAGGUGAUGAAGUCACCACACUGGCCCAAGAGGGUCGCGAUCAGCAGGUAUUUGAAGCAGCUACAGGGGCCCGGAACGAAUUGAUGGUGCUGGCUAGUUGCGCCCCGCUCUGCGUGUGCGAUGCCAGGGCUCUUCCUGAUUCUUUUCUUUAUUGUGUUGAUGCCUCUCCGUCUGGUGCGGGGGUGUGUCGGGCUGAAGUCGGGGUUGAAGUGUCUGGGGAGUUGUGGCGUCGUGGUGACAAGGUGGGUUAUCGAAUGCCUUUGCUGUCCAGGCUGCAGUCGAGUUUGAAGGGCAGUGGCUGGGAUGAGGAGGCGGUUUUGAGUGAGGAGGAGUCUACGGGUGAUGAAGGCAGGGGGUCUGCUAGUGUGGGGCAAAUGCAUGGGAGUUUGGAAGUUGUUUUUGAACAUCGCGUGAUGUUGGCUGAUCCGUCUUUGGCGUUGUUUGAGUUUCCUUUUGACUUGUUGGAAGUUUAUGCUGGAGGUGCGCAAAUGUCUCAUGCGUGGAAGGCUAAAGGUUUCAAGGUCUUGCCGCCGCUCGAGGUGAAACAAGGUUGGGACCUCCUUGACCCUGAGUUGUUUUUUGGCCUCUUGUCUUUUGUCAGGGCUGGAAAGGUCCGGUUUCUGUGGUGGGCCCCUCCUGGUGCUACGUUUUCCUCGUCGCAGGCUGCGAGGGUGAGGUCUGCGGAGGCGCCUUGGGGUUUGGAUGUGCUUGCGGAUUGUGUGGUGAAAGGUAAUCUGCACGCUUGUCAGUGCGCCCUGUUGGCGUUGGUUCAGGUUACGCUUGGGCUCUUCAUGGCAGGCAAAAAUUUGCAUGUGGCCAGCAUUCACUUCCCAACUUGGUCUUUGAGAGCUGAUGGCCCAAGCAGGGGCCGCAAGGGCAGCCGUCAGGCUGCCAGCAAGUUGGAUGGCCUGCAGGGGCUCUCUAGGGCCCUUAAUCGUUGGUAUCUGUUUGUUGGCGUGUUGCUUUUGUCCGCUAGUGGCAGCGCCGCGGCCCCCAGCAGUUCACCUUCGAGAUCGCUCAUUGAUCGAAAGAGGCAGGAUCACCGAGCGGACUCGAAGCAUUCGACAAGGGCUGCUCAACAAACUGGAAACGUGGUUGGCCGAACAGCUUCCGGACACUUCUCUGGAGCUCUUGGCACGGCACCACAUAGAUGUUUUGUCAGAGUGGCUCGAAGAAUAUAUGGUCACCUUGUAUCUGGAGGGGGCAAGCCGUCGCUCCGCGGCGGAGAGUCUCAAUGCGGUGGUCCAACAAUUUGGCUGGCUUCGAUCCUCUCUUGCUGCGCCGUGGAAUGUGCUGAAGACGUGGGAUAUGUUGGAGCCAGUGACACACCACCCACCAAUGCCUUUGCAAGUCGUUCUUGCGCUUGCAAGUACUGCUCUGGCCUGGAAUUGGCCGCAUUUUGCGGCCCUGCUGGUCAUAGGCUAUUUUGGCUUACUGAGACCCUCAGAGCUUGUUGGCUUGCGACGACGAGACCUGCCACUUCCACAGGACCACUGGGAACCGCAAGUCUUGUACGUUCGAAUAGGCCAGCCGAAGACGCGCUUUCGUGCUGCAAUGGCGCAGCACGUGCGCAUCGACGAAACAGGCGUUGCUGCUUGGGUACAGCUGAUCCUGGGCUCAAUGCCGAUGUGGAGAAAACUUUGGUGUGGUUCUGUCAGCUCCUUCAAGACUCGCCUUGA